GCAAGACAAGCACAUCUGAGAAAGCAAUGGUCAUAGGUUUGGGAACACUAAAUCUAUUUGGAGUAAUUGUUCUGGGAAGCAUGCUGAAGAACACCACAGUUGCGCCUUCAGGUUUCAUUUCUUUCGUCUCUGAUAUAUUUCCUCUCCUCCAGGUUUAUGCUGCCUCUUUUUUUGCAAUACCAUUGUUCCGAUGGUUCCUUUUAAGUAGGAGAAAUUCUGCUAUAGAAAGCAGAAAUCUUGCCAGGAGGCAACGAGCUGGAGCUCUUGAAUUGCCAGAUCCAGCUCUUAGAAAGAAACAGCUGCUGAAUGCAAGAGAGAUGGCGAAGAGGUCGGUGAUAGGAUCGGAUAGAAUAGUUUAUAGCACAGAAAAGGAUGUUUUAGAUCAGGAUUAUGAGGCCAAGGAAUGGGACAGGAGAUUCAAAGAACUCUAGAUAUCAGACUGGAGGAUGUUUUGAUGCAAAUGGCUGCCGGCUAGAUUUAUGAAUUUAGAAAAAUAUCCUUUGGAAUUCCUAAAAAUAAUUUUGAAAAUUGCACUGCCGACCUUGAAAUGAAUGGGCGGAAUGUUUAGGGGGGAAAAAACAAUUCAUUCAUAUUGGGCUUUAAAGUCAAAUGUUGAUAGUGAUGUAUUAUUGUAAGGAGAUUUUUGCUUGUUGACUUUUACCUUGUGUGUGUUUAUGUAGUGAUGAUGGAACGGAUGAUUUUCAUUAUUGCAUAAAAAACCUUUAAUUUAAUGGAAGAUUUACAUACAUGCCAUUAAAUUCCUGCCUAAACGUUUAAAUAGUGGUAUUUUAAUGUGGUAUGAAGGGUUGGGGAGGUAUAAAUGUAAAAAAAAAAAAGGUAAUGUUUAGGAGUUAGAUGCAUAGGAAUUGGGUGGUAUGU